AGGGCAGGGCAGUCUUCGUCUGAACCAAUGGAACUAUUUGACUCUCUCUUUCUUUCAUCUUUUUCCAACUUUAUCUACAGUCUUAACUUGAGUUGCUUGCCCUUUUCCCUGAUAGAAAAUCUGAUGAUCUGAUCUUCUCCUCUCUUUUAAGCAUAUCUCAGAAGCUAUCUCUGUACCCAAUAACUGCAGUCUUUCAACCUUUCUUGCUGACUGCACUCACUCUCUCUGCAAGCAGAAUCUUUCAAUUUUUCCCCCCUUCAAGUUGUUUACUACAUUUCUUAAUUCUCUCGCCUUCAAACUAUUCAAAACAAAAAAAGCCUCACCUCUUCCCCACUCUCAUAAAAACCAUGCAGAUUCUUGCACUUUGAUCAUCCCUUUCGUGCUUCGUUUAAUUCUCACAUCACCAGCACCUUGAGAAGUUAAUCUUGUAGCUGCAAAGAGCAUAAACCAAAGCUUCCGCCUUUUUUUCCUCCUGAAGAAUGGAAACAGUAUCGCCCGGUUUUCACCUAAAAUAAGGAAGUGAUUUCACUCUCUGCGUCUCCUUCUCUCCACUAGGGUUCACUCACCUUCCCGUACAAGCAAGCAACAAAGAGAGGCAAAACAAAAGGAAAACAGCCAGAAGCAGGACAACCUACAGGGUCUUCAAAAUCAGCUCCUUUCAAGAUCCCGAUAAAGAAAGCAAUAAAACCCUAAUCUAGAUCUUCAUCUACAUGGAUUUAGCUUCCCUAUCAACAAACCCCACCUAUUCAAGCCCUGUAAUCACAAGCCCCACCACCACCACCACCACAAACACCACAACUUUGGCCACAACCACCUCCCCAUCUUCCACUCCAAGUCGCUAUGAGAACCAAAAGAGAAGGGACUGGAACACUUUUUGCCAGUACCUUAGAAAUCACAGGCCUCCUUUAUCACUCCCUAUAUGCAGCGGAGCCCAUGUUCUUGAAUUUUUAAGGUACCUAGACCAAUUUGGCAAAACCAAAGUCCAUAACCAAACUUGUCCUUUCUUCGGCUUCCCUAAUCCACCGGCACCAUGCCCUUGCCCCCUCCGGCAAGCAUGGGGAAGCCUUGAUGCACUCAUCGGAAGGCUCAGAGCUGCCUACGAGGAGCAUGGAGGGAGGCCCGAAGGAAACCCAUUUGGUGCAAGAGCAGUGAGGAUUUACUUAAGGGAGGUUAGGGAUUUUCAAGCUAAAGCAAGAGGAGUUAGCUAUGAGAAAAAGAGAAAAAGGCCCAAACCAAAGGUCACAGCAACACCACAAUCAGCAGCAGCCGCAGAAGCAGCAGCAGCUGGUUCCAGUGCAGGUUAGUGGUCAAAAUUAAAGAAUCGAUGGACCUGGAGUUGAAGAUCGAUAUCGAGGCUAUAUAUGUGUGGGUUCAUUCACCAGCAGCUUUUAGCUAUAUGGGGUAUAUUUUCUGCUCCUCCUUUUUACUAUAAAGAGAAGAUCAGUUAUAAAAUGAACUUUGCUUAUAUUUCUAAGAGGAUAUGUUGAGAUUUGUGGGUACCAGUUGAUUUGCUCUUUAAGGGACAGCUGCAUGGUAAUGACCUUGUAGUAUCAGCAGCGGCAGUAGUGGUAAUAAAUCAUAUACUGAUACUCCCCACUAGACAAAGCAGCUAGCCGAAAUCAUGGAAGCAAGUGUUGUUAUACCUGUGUUCAAAAAUUAACAUGUACCUAAACAAGCAAUCUAAGUACUUGUUAAUUAAAAA